CCGGCGAGAAGACAGUUGCGGAACCGCCUUGCGUGCGCGCCUGCCGCUAUGAACAACAAUUCCGUCAUGGUGUCCGCGUACGCAGACCCCAUCGAUUCGGACGCGCCCUUCUUCGUGGACAGAUGACUGUGAGUGACCGUGGCGGACGCCGUCGAGCCUCCCCCCGCUGCACUCGGCUUCUCCUUUGGUGCUGCUGCUGCUGUGCAGAAUGCCGGACGAAGAGAACACGGCGCUGGCCGGCGCGUUGGACAACAACUCGUUCAACGACAACGCCAACACUGUGAUGGGCCGGCGCUCUCUCGAUCUGACGGCGUCCCUGCGCGCCAAACCAGACCUCAUCGAGACGGCGGAACGCCGCGACAGCAAUGGAGAAAAACCAGAAAUUCCUCAUGUUGCUGGAUCUUUAAACAAUGAUCUUUAUGCAGUCCCUGUGAAGAGGCGACCACAUAGCCUUGAGAAUGAUUUGCCACCCGGAUGGGAGAAACAUGAAGAUAAUGAUGGGCCAUAUUACUGGCAUAUUAAAAGUGGCACAAUCCAGAGAGAACCUCCAUCAGCUACAUCAGCCAUUAAAGCAGAAGCUAAGAGACCACUUGUUCAGGAAUCCGAGAGUGCAAUUAGUAGUAGUUACCAGUCUCCUGUGAUUGCGUCUGUCACCAGGAGUAAUACAAGCUCCGCUUUGGAGGAAUUAGAUGGCAAGAAGAAGGAAGAACGUAAAGAAGAAUUAGCUCUGAAGAGACGUAGUUACCCUGCUCGGCCAGAACCAGAGAGCAAGGAGCGCCCCAUAAGAUUUGCUGUUAGGUCUCUUGGCUGGGUUGAAAUUGCAGAAGAAGAUCUCACACCAGAACGUAGCAGCAAGGCUGUUAACAAAUGCAUUGUUGACUUAUCACUAGGCAGGAAUGAUCUGCUUGAUGUAGUGGGAAGAUGGGGUGAUGGCAAAGACUUGUUCAUGGACUUAGAUGAAGGAGCACUGAAGCUUAUUGAUCCCGAAAAUUUGACAGUUCUAAAUACUCAACCAAUUCAUACAAUUAGAGUGUGGGGAGUAGGACGAGACAAUGGAAGAGACUUUGCUUAUGUGGCUCGUGAUCGUACAACAAGAAAACACAUGUGCCAUGUGUUCCGUUGUGAUAUUCCUGCCAGGACGAUUGCCAAUACUCUUAGAGACAUCUGCAAGAAGAUAAUGAUUGAGCGAAGUCUACAGCAGAAUCUGGCUAAACCUAUUGAUAUUAGUGGUACUGGAGGAGGAGGACGAUCUGGUCUAGCAGCUCGUCCCACAAAUCUGCCAACAGAACACAGACGAUUCCAUCACAGGAGUGGGCAAGCAUUAGUCACACAGUCCUUUCCAACUCCAAUGGAGGAACCCAAAAAGGUACUCAGAGCACAGUACCUCGGAUCAACACAAGUGACUAAGGCCACUGGUAUGGAUAUUCUCAAUGAUGCAAUUGAUCAGAUGGUGGCCACAGUCCCUCAUGACAAGUGGUGUACAGUCAAUGUUGCAGUUGCUCCAUCAAUGAUUUCCAUUAUGCUGCCAGGGGAGGAAAGUAAGUUAAUUGCCGAAUGCCGAGUUCGGUACCUUUCAUUCCUUGGGAUUGGACGGAAUGUAAAGCAGUGUGGUUUCAUCAUGCACACUGCACAGGAUCUCUUCAUGGCCCAUGUAUUCCAUUGUGAACCUUCAUCUGGAGCAUUAUGCAAGACUGUUGAAGCAGCCUGUAAGCUAAGGUAUCAAAAAUGCUUGGAUGCACAUCCACAAGGACUAGGUCGUGGCCAGCAAAAUGCUCAGACCCCAGGGAAAGGUCUGGGUGCUACACUGAAGUCUCUUGUUGGAAGCCUUACUGGCAGAAGGCUGCGUGGCAGUGAGUCCUGAGAUGAGGCCCUCUCACUGCAGGAGCUAUGGCCACUGCCUGCCGAGCGUGAGGUCAUCAGGCACCGCCACCUGCAGUCACCCCUGACUUUUCGCUACUUCAGCAGCAGUCCGCCCUCAGCCAGCUUGCGUUCCCUCCUUUCACCUACACUCGACACCAGGAGGCUACCCCAUCGCUGGCACUAACACUUCAUUGUGUGUGUUUGUGUAUAUGGUAGAGGAAUAUCUACCUUCAAGAUUAAGGACAUGACAUUUUGAUUUGUAAUCGGCAAGUUUGAGACUUGAUAUUGUUUGUGAGAUCUGAAAGUGGAAUGUGUAAAACUUAAGCUCUCUUCAGAAAUAUCAUUGGUACUGAUUCUCUGACUUGCAGCUUAGAACUGUAAUUAUAUAUGUUUUGAAAAUAAAUUGUACUAUUUUUUAAAAGAAUGACGUGUCAAUGCAGUGAUGUGAACAUCUGCAUAAGAAGGAAACCCAUUUACAGAUUCAAUGAUGAAGGUUUAGGUCCCAAGAUCAGGAGAGACAGCUUUCCAUCCAGCUAAUUUCUUUUAGAGAUCUGAUUCAUUAAUGUGUGUAUAUAAGUUUACUAUAUUUGUUGUAAUCUUAUAUUCCAUCUUAAUAUGAAAGCAAAUUUUGUGUAUCCACUGAUAUGGUAAUCAUAGUACCAAAUUAGUUUGUAAGUGUGUAAAUAUUAUUUCAAAAAAAUUAAGGAAGUUUUAAAUUAGUUAUUGCUGUCUUGCACAGAGAAAGAAGCAGUCAACAUUUUCUUUCCAACCUGUAACAGAUCUUGGGCAGUUUUAUAUGAAAAAUAGAUUAAUUUGAGAUUGCAAAGUAAAAUGAUGUAUUCAUAUGUAGAACAUGGUACAUAUUCUUUCCACUGAUUUUCACCUUUUUUUCUAAAUUUUUCCUUAAGGAAUUGUGGCAACAUUUGUGUUCUGAUCUAUUUCUCCUUUAAAGUACAAUUUAAUUAGGAACAAAUUUAAAAAUUUGUUAGUCAUUCUUUAAUUCAAUUAUCACCAUUACAAGUAAAGAUGUUAAGACAGCAACAUGCAUAAUAUUUUCAUUACAUGAAUUUAAAAUGUCUGAAGUGUGAUUGCAAAUGCUGACUGGAAAUGACGAGUAUGUAUCUGCUUUUGUAAAGUUUGUAUGUACAUAUAUAAAUGUUACAUAAGAAUGCAGGACGAGUAGAAUGGCCUGGUGUGUGACAUAGUUCUUUCUCAUGUAAAUAAUUACACAUAGAGGCUUUUCUUGGAGUAACAGGGAACAAACACGUUGCAAAAAUGUAGUAGUGUCUUCAUGUCACUGAGUGUGUUAAAAUGAAGCUUAAACUUCUAAUGGCAUUGAAAAUUAUUUUGUGUGAUCAAAAGACAGAAAAGAUUAAGUAGCAGUUAAUUCGCGAGAAUAAUUUAAUAUUUUGUUUAAUAUUGCACCAGAAACCCCACAAUUUUUAUCAUUUUAAUUCCUUUGCUACGAUCUGUAAUCAUUCAUCAUUUAUUUGAAUGAAUUUCAUUGACUAGUAUAUACAUUUUCAAUUAACAGUUUAAAAAAUGAUGUGUUAUGUGUUAAUUUCAAAAUUUAAUUUAGUUCAGAGAUGAUCUGCAGGAUACCUACAUCUAUUUUUACAUAAAGUAUUUAUUUUAUGCUAUGUGUAUUCAGGCAACCAUUGUAGUUAGAAGUAGAAAUUAUGCAGUGUUAUAAAAAAUACUAUAAUCUUGUUAUUAAUGUCACGUUAUACUUCCUCAUACUAUACGAAGUACAGCACAAAUUAAGAAAUUUAUUUCUCAAAAAACAAUAUAAGUUGACUAUAGACUGAAAUAAGUUGAUUAAUGAUUCUGUGCAUUCUAGUGGAGAAUACUGCACACAAACACACAUCUAGUACUUUCAGAAGUUUCAAAUCUCUGUAUUUCAUAACUGUUGGAAAGUGUUACUUAUCGAACAUCAAUUAAAAGCAGCUUAAUAAAAAUCUUCGAGAAUAUUCACAUGAAUAGGAAUUUACUACAUGUUGUUUUAAAAAAAUAGAGCAUUCAUGAACUCCCAUUUAUUUUGCCAAAAAUGCGUCUGUUAACUUGCAUACUUGAAUGUGAGUUACAGUAGUAAUGAAUCUUUGGCAAGGUUAAAAGUACACUGUGGUGACUUCAUUUUGAUUGUUCUUAGUUUAAGUACAUCAAUGGUAGCUCUUUAUUCAUGCCCAGAGACCUGUUUAUAUUACCCAAAGACAAUAUGGUACACAAUGACACAUAUAAUAACUUCUACAAGAUGACCAGUGUAUUAGAAAGAUCCAAUGAUAGGCUCAAAUUUCAGUUGUUCACUACAUACUGCUCUGUAAUUGCUGCAUCCGGCAGUAUUGCUGAUUUUUAUUACUUUUCAAAAUUUUUAUGUAUAUAUCAGUGUAUGCAAAAUUUGCAUAAGCACAUAGGAAUGGCUGCCAUGCCUUGUCUGUGUUAUGUUUUAUACUUUCCAGGGCAGCAGGCUUGGCUCUUGUGUAAUAUAAUGAUGGAACUUUAUGAAGGACUUCUAAAGUGUGACCACUACAUCAGACAUGGUUAAUAUUCUUUGUAAAAGACUUACUAUACUCAUUGUCAUUUUCUCAUAGUAAAAAAUAUGUGUAUAAAACUGUUAUUUAUUUUACAUAAUGCUAUGACAACUAAAAAAUUAAUGUAUGUAUUGCAAUCAGAUUUAGAAAAUGUUUGUGUAUUGUGUGAUGUCAAUGCUUUCAUAGAAAGUGGUUUGCUAAAACUGCUGAAUUCUGCAGUCAGACAGAAUUUUGCACAUUCCAAGUCUUAGUCCAUUUAAUCCUAAUGAACAGAAAUGUCCUGCUCUGGCAUUUUGACAUGAUUAGCAUACUGGCUUCUGAACAAAAGUAAUAUUUGAUAAAAGGUUAAUUGUCACCUUACUUUUUUUUACUGUGAAGCUGGUAAACUCUUGGGACUUUAUUACUACAACACAAAAAAAGUAGUUUCGUUAAACAACAGAACAUGCAUAAAGCAGCUUGAAGCAUCAUGUAAGCUUUCUAAUUAAUAUUCAUUUAAGGAAAACAAACUGUUUCUCAUGUAAUAAGAGCAGAUAUAAACAAGACUGAGAUUAUUAAAGGUGGACACACCAAUCAAUAUAGAUGGAAAAAUUGUUCCAUUUCUAUUGAGAAGGGCCUGUAACUAGCCUCAGUUUUGGAUUUAAUACAGUGUACAGAUUUUGCAUUUCAUGACGCAAGCAGAAAAUGAGAUAUUUAUAAAUGUGUUUACUUUACAGCUUUACAGAGAUAACAACAUUACUGCAUGCUUGUUUCAAAUACUGCCCUCACCAUAUUUAAGAGGUGUGGUUUGUAAACUAUUUUCCUUUAGAUUUAGUCAUCUUUGUAAAUUGUUUCAAGAUUUCAUUUCAUAUGAGUAACAAAUAGGUACAGUUUUUAAAAUUAUGAUACUGCCACAUUAUUAAUCUGGAAUGUUUAUUUGACACUUCAUGGGUAAAUAUUUCUUAUGUUUUGCGUCUGUGAAUGUGAGAGUACUGCAUUAUGUACAGUCUCAUAGGCGGUCAACCUGUAAGAAUAUUUUUCACAUGUUUUAUACUUGGUGCUCCAAUCCUUAUUUGUUUUAUUUUAUCAGAAUACACUGUAUUUUGGAAGAGA